ACAGUGUUGCGAUAUGUUAGAAGGGGUAAGUUGCAAGCGUGACAUCGACGCUUCUUUUUUCUUUUAAACUUGGGAGUCGCUAAUGCGGGAGCUUUGGCUAUCGUUAAAAGUAGUUCAGUUCAACGAACUACGCGUCAGUUGAAGUUCACAUAUAGGAAGAUACCAAAAUAAUAAAAUUCUGCCAAUAGUCAAGCCGUAACGGAACGCGUAAACCUCGCCCAAGUUUUACUACGCCUACGAUAGUCUACCGACGCCGUCGUUCUAACCUAACGUAGUAUUUUCGAGCGCGUCCUAGUAGUAAUAACGGGGAUAAUUUAAAGUUUAAUCGGUUGUUUUGGUGCAUCUAAUAGAAAAUCUGCAAACCGUUCAGCAGUUCCCCGGAACAUGAGUACUCCAGUUAAAAAAGUGCCCAUUCACUUACAGAGCGCUCAAAACCGUUUAUUAAUCAAAAAUGGGAAGGUGGUAAACGAAGAUGAUAUUGUUGAAGAAGACGUUUAUAUUGAGGAUGGAAUUAUUAAACAGCUCGGCCGCAACCUGAUUAUUCCAGGUGGAACGAGAGUUAUAGACGCUCGUGGUAAAUUAGUAAUUCCUGGUGGAAUAGAUCCCCAUACUCACUUUGAGUUUGAGUUUAUGAAUACUACAUCUGUAGAUGAUUUUUAUCAAGGAACCAAAGCCGCGGUUGCCGGAGGAACUACAAUGAUAAUCGACUUUGUGUUGGUGAAGAAAGGAGAAUCAUUACUGGACUCCUAUUAUUCUUAUCGACAAAAAGCAGAUGAGAAGGUAUGUUGCGACUAUGCACUUCAUGUUAUAAUUUCGUACUGGAAUGAUAAAGUUUUCGACGAAAUGUCAAUACUUUGUUCAGAGCACGGAGUUAACUCAUUCAAAACGUUUAUGGCAUACUCCUUUAUGUUGAACGAUUCCGAAUUAUACAGUGCAUUUGAAGCUUGUAAAAAAUUAGGUGCAGUCGCAAUGGUACAUGCCGAAAACGGCUCGAUCGUUUUCAAGAAUACAGAAAAAUUAUUGGCUAAAGGUGUAACAGGACCCGAAGGGCAUGAAUUGUCACGGCCCGAAGAAGUAGAGGCAGAAGCAGUCAAUCGUGCCUGUACAAUUGCAAAUCAGGUAGAUUGCCCACUGUAUAUUGUGCAUGUGAUGAGCAAAUCAGCAACUAUAGCAUUAGCACAAGCACGUAGUCGUGGAGUUAGAGUAAUUGGUGAAACUUUGGCCGCUGCGUUAGGUACUGAUGGUUCUCACUGUAAAAACACUUGCUUCCAACAUUCAGCAGGUCAUGUGCUUAGCCCUCCUCUCAGAUCGGAUCCUAUGACACCGCAAUAUUUAAUGAAUUCUUUGGCACAAAACGAUCUUCAAUUAACUGGAAGUGAUAAUUGUACCUUCAAUAAGAGUCAAAAGGAAAUGGGACUGAACGAUUUUUCAAAGAUACCCAAUGGUGUUAACGGUGUUGAAGAUAGAAUGUCUGUGAUUUGGGAAAAAGGAGUACAUAGUGGAUUAAUAGAUGCUUGCCGCUUUGUGGCAAUUACUAGUACAACUGCCGCUAAAAUAUUUAAUUUGUAUCCGCGCAAGGGAUGCAUCGCUCUUGGUUCCGAUGCCGAUAUUGUAAUUUGGAAUCCUAACAAAACUAGAACAAUUUCCGCUAAAACUCAUCAUCAAGCUGUUGAUUUUAAUAUUUUUGAGGGUAUGGAAUGCCACGGUGUUCCAGAAUAUGUCAUAGUUAAUGGGCGAGUUUGUGUAGACGAUGAGCAAGUAAAAGUUGUACAAGGCCAUGGCAACUAUAUUGAGUGCCCAGUUUUUCCACCUUUUGUUUAUGACAUCGAAAAUGCGUCGAAACUUAAACCAAGCGAUAAUGGAGAUGCAAAUUGGGUAACUCAACCAACACAAAAGGAAAAUGACCGUAAAGUAUGUCCAACACCAACAUUACCCGAAUCAUCAGUAUCAACACCAUCCUGUAAGGGACCAAGGCCGGAAGGUCAACGCAAUUUACAAGACUCGACGUUUUCAAUUAGUGAGGACCUGGACGUUGCGAGACGUGCUUGUAUCAAAGUACAAAAUCCCCCGGGUGGUAAAUCGUCCGGGUUCUGGUAAUUAGUUGAUUAGCGAAACGGCAUACUUAAUAAACAAAUGAAAAAGGUUUUACUUCCAAUGUCUCGUUACCAUAUUUCUGCUUAUAUUUUUCUUGUUUGCAUAAGCCUUUUUUAUUACCUAUAGGCGUGCAUUUGGCAUCAUUUCUAUGUGCACUGUUUAAGUUUGGUUAAGUAUGACAUGGUUGUGUACAAUUUAAUUUAGGUACCUAUACAUUUAAGUUAACAUCAUCACUGUUGUAAUGUUUUUAUUAAGUAUUACCAUGUUAAAAGAUACAUAUUAAUUUUAUAUUAUGUAUUUAACUGUUAAGGGAGAGUUUAUGAAUUUGUAUUAUCUGAUAGCAUGGAUGUGAGAGUUGCUUAGGACAUUCGUUACGACAAUUUAUUUAUUUUGUAGUUGUUUAACUAUUACGUCAUUGAAAUCAGUUGCACGCAUUUUAUGUUAUCAUUUUUGAUACUCUAUGUAUUCGUUAUUUAACACAAAUAAACGUUUUAAUAAGUAUA